AGUCACCGAGCGAGAGGGAAGAAACAAGAUGGCGGCUGCAGGCGAUCCGGAGCGGGGCCCCGGCAAUUCGGACUGAGCCUUCUCUCUCCACCCCGCCGCUGCCGGGCCGCGCCCCUCCCGCCCGGGCCCCGGCGCCCUCCCCUCCCCCUCGGCCCCGGCGCCCCCCGGCGCCCCUCCCCCACCCCUUCCGCUCCCCCCCCCUCAAGCCGCGGCUCCGACAUGAGGGGCCGGCGGGGCAGGCCGCCCAAGCAGCCCGCGGCUCCUGCUGCGGAGCGCUGCGCCCCGGCCCCGCCGCCGCCGCCGCCGCCACCACCGCCACCACCACCGCCGCCGCCGCCGCCGCCCGCCUCCGGACCCAUCGGGGGGCUGCGCUCGCGGCACCGCGGCAGCAGUCGGGGCAGGUGGGCCGCCGCCCAGGCUGAGGUGGCGCCCAAGACCCGGCUGAGCUCGCCCAGGGGGGGCGGCCGCAGGAAGCAGCCACCGCCGCCGCCGGCCUCCGCCAGCAGCGCCAGCGGCCCGGGCCGGGGGGGCCGAGGAGGCGGGGGCGGCAGGACGGGGGGCGGGGGCGGCCACCUGGCCCGGACCACCUCGGCCCGCCGUGCCGUCAACAAAGUGGUGUACGAUGACCACGAGAGCGAGGACGACGAUGAGGAGGAGGACAUGGUCUCGGAGGAGGACGAAGAGGAGGAGGAGGAUGGCGACGCCGAGGAGACCCAGGAUUCCGAGGACGACGAGGAAGAUGACAUGGAAGAAGACGACGAUGACUCCGAUUAUCCGGAGGAGAUGGAAGACGACGACGACGACGCUAGUUACUGCACGGAGAGCAGCUUCAGGAGCCAUAGUACAUACAGCAGCACUCCAGGUAGGCGAAAACCAAGAGUACAUCGGCCUCGCUCUCCAAUAUUAGAAGAAAAGGACAUCCCACCCCUUGAAUUUCCGAAGUCCUCUGAGGAUUUAAUGGUGCCUAAUGAGCAUAUAAUGAAUGUCAUUGCCAUUUAUGAGGUUGUGCGGAACUUUGGCAACGUUUUAAGGUUGUCCCCUUUUUGCUUUGAGGACUUCUGUGCAGCUCUCGUGAGCCAAGAGCAGUGCACACUCAUGGCGGAGAUGCAUGUGGCGCUUCUGAAAGCAGUUCUUCGUGAAGAGGACACGUCUAACACCACCUUCGGCCCUGCGGAUCUGAAAGACAGUGUGAAUUCUACCCUGUAUUUCAUCGACGGGAUGACAUGGCCGGAGGUCCUGAGGGUCUACUGUGAGAGUGAUAAGGAGUAUCACCAUGUCCUUCCUUACCAGGAGGCAGAGGACUAUCCGUAUGGACCAGUGGAGAGCAAAAUCAAAGUCCUGCAGUUCCUAGUCGAUCAGUUCCUUACGACUAAUAUCGCUCGUGAGGAGCUGAUGUCUGAAGGGGUAAUCCAGUAUGACGACCAUUGUAGGGUCUGUCACAAACUGGGAGAUUUGCUCUGCUGUGAGACGUGCUCAGCUGUGUACCAUUUAGAAUGCGUGAAGCCACCUCUUGAAGAGGUGCCAGAGGACGAGUGGCAGUGUGAAGUCUGUGUAGCACACAAGGUGCCUGGUGUGACUGACUGUGUUGCUGAAGUCCAAAAGAAUAAACCAUAUGUUCGACAUGAACCUAUUGGGUAUGACAGAAGCCGUAGGAAAUACUGGUUUUUAAACCGAAGACUUAUAAUAGAAGAAGACACAGAAAAUGAAAAUGAAAAGAAAGUUUGGUACUACAGCACAAAGGUCCAGCUUGCAGAAUUAAUAGACUGUCUAGACAAAGAUUACUGGGAAGCAGAGCUGUGCAGAGUUCUAGAAGACAUUCGGGAGGAGAUGCAGCAGCACAUGGACGUAACUGAAGACCUGACCAACAAGGCUCGUGGAAGCAACAAGUCCUUCCUAGCGGCAGCUAACGAGGAAAUUUUGGACUCCUUAAGAAUCAAAAGAGGGGAAGAUAUUGACUGUGAUCAGAACCCAGAAGAUACAGAAAAAGACAAGAAUGAGGGUGAGAACGACAGCUCCAAAGGUGCUGAGAAGAGCAGGGAGGAGUCGGAGGACCAGUCCCCAGACAAGGACGCUGACGGCAAAGUCCUGGAGGAAGAGCCCGGGCAAGGAAAACCUGAGGAGCCAACAGAAGUUGGGGAUAAAGGUAACUCUGUACCAGCAAAUCUUGGUGACAACACAAGAAAUGCUUCUUCAGAGGAGACUCCCUGUGAGGGGAGGAGCCCCGAGGGCUGGCUCUCAGAAACCCAUGAUAGCAGCACGGCAGAGAAGAAGGUGGCAUCUGAGCUCCCCCCGGAUGUACCAGAAGACUCUCACAAGACAUGUGACAGCAGUAACACUAGUGCCACCACUGCCUCCAGCCAGCCUAAUCUGGAGAACUGCAGCAGCAGCAGCAGCAGCAGCGAGCUCACUUCCUCCCAGAGUGACUCUGCUAAGGCAGCGGAUGAUCCUGACAUUGGAGAAAGGGACUCCCAUACACCUGUCUCUGUUCAAGAAGAGAUAGGUGAUUUCAGAUUGGACAAGUCCAAUGGAGAAGUUUCUGAGUCCCCUGGAACUGGGAAAGGAACGUCCGGGUCCACUCGCAUCAUCACCAGACUGAGGAACCCGGAGAGCAAACUCAGUCAGCUGAAGAGUCAGCAGGUGGCAGCUGCGGCCCAUGAAGCAAAUAAAUUGUUUAAGGAGGGCAAAGAGGUGCUGGUGGUUAACUCCCAAGGAGAGGUGUCACGGCUGAGCACCAAAAAGGAGGUGGUCAUGAAAGGGAACAUCAACAAUUAUUUUAAGCUGGGUCAGGAAGGGAAGUACCGCGUCUACCACAAUCAGUACUCUACCAAUUCAUUUGCUCUCAACAAGCACCAGCACAGGGAAGACCAUGACAAGAGGAGGCACCUUGCACAUAAAUUCUGUCUCACUCCAGCGGGGGAGUUCAAAUGGAAUGGGUCUGUUCACGGGUCCAAAGUCCUCACCAUCUCCACACUGAGACUCACCAUCACGCAGCUGGAGAGCAACAUCCCUUCAUCCUUUCUUCACCCCAAUUGGGCUUCCCACAGGGCUAAUUGGAUCAAGGCCGUUCAGAUGUGUAGUAAACCCAGAGAGUUUGCAUUGGCUCUCGCAAUUUUGGAAUGUGCAGUUAAGCCGGUUGUGAUGCUGCCGAUAUGGCGGGAGUCUUUAGGACACACCAGGUUACAUAGGAUGACAUCAAUUGAAAGGGAAGAAAAGGAGAAAGUUAAAAAAAAGGAGAAGAAGCAGGAGGAGGAGGAGACGAUGCAGCAGGCCACGUGGGUAAAAUACACGUUUCCAGUGAGACACCAGGUGUGGAAACAGAAAGGCGAGGAGUACAGGGUGACAGGGUACGGCGGCUGGAGCUGGAUUAGCAAGACACACGUUUACAGGUUCCUUCCCAAGUUACCAGGCAACACGAAUGUAAACUACAGGAAGCCCUUGGAAGGAGUCAAAAAUAAUAUGGAUGAAAAUAAGGAUGAGUCAGAUAAAAGAAAAAGUCCACGAAGUCCAAAAAAAAUGAAGACAGAAUGUGACUCUGAGAAAGGUGAGGCGAGAGACGCAGACUCCACAGCUGGGGCCACGGCAGGCACAAUGGAGCUGUCUAAGUUGCCUGAGAAGGAGGAGCACGAUGUAAAAGAACUUUUAGAUCCUGAUAAUGACAAACCCUUCAAGGAAGAACCAAUGGAGAUCGAUGACAGUGUGAAAACAGAGUCACAUAUGAACAGUGAGGAGAGUGCACAGGUAGAUGUGGUCAAUGUCAGUGAGGGCUUCCACCUAAGGACUAGUUACAAAAAGAAAACGAAGUCCUCUAAGCUGGACGGGCUUCUGGAACGGAGGAUUAGACAAUUUACACUGGAAGAGAAACAGCGCCUUGAGAAGCUAAAGCUGGAGAGUGGGGUGAAAGGGGCAGGCAAGCCCCCCACAGGUGCUGUAAAAAGCUCCUCUGAGCCUCCGGUAUCCACAAAAGCAGACGAAGGGCACCAGGGUGACUUGCUUAGACAGGAGCAGAGGUCCACUCCCAGUCAGGCUGGCACUGCGGACUUGGGGCUGGGGGCCUCACAGAGUGAUCCCUUGGUUCUUGGCAUCAGUCCUCCUAGUCUCAGCACGGGCAAACCUGAUCCAAAAGGUCAAGUAUUAGAUGAUGUCUCCAUUCAGAGUCCGGGGCCAGCCUGUCAGGGGCAGAACUCUGUUGAAAGCGACCUAGAUGCCAGGAUCUCUGAAGCUACCAGUAAGGGACUGGAACUAAGUCAGACAAAAACAAAAGUGACUGACUCUUUGACUGAUGACUCUAAACCAACCAGUGCAGAUGAGGGUAGCACUCUGAUCUGUAAGAGCAAGAAGCCGCUCCCACAGGACGAUUGUAGCACUGCUGUGUCAUCUUCUUCCAAGAGUACUUUACCUGCACCAGUCCCUAAAAGUCCCCGUGACAGAGAUGCCCGGGCUUUCCCGAAAGCAAUGGACUUGGAUGGGAGACUAGGUGGUGACUCUGAAUAUAAUAGCACUUUGGAAAAUAACUCUGGUACUAUGUAUAUGCGGGACAGCAGUGAAGAAGAUAUGGUUGUUCAGAAUAGCAAUGACACCACCUCUAAACGGUUCAUAACUCCAGACCAAGGCAUGGAAAGUACGGAGCCGACAAAAUGUCAGUUAGUUUCUAAGUCCACUGAAAAUUGUGACAACAGACUACAGGGUAAGGUAACUGAAGCAAAUGGUAAGAAACUGGGCCAGCAUCAAAAGCCAGAGGAGAGAGCAGUUAACAGAUGUGCCGACCAAGUUAGCCUAAGACACAGCGCUGACAGAAAGAACAGUGAAGCCCGAGAGUCUGAAAAGAGAGGACAGAAAGCAAAUAAAUUUCAAAUAAAUGGCAAAGAUAGUAAAGCUAAGGGGUAUCUGAAGGGACCGGGCAUGAAGGAUGUCUCUGAUGGUAAAGUCAUGAGUGGUGCCGUUGAACCAAAGGUCAAUAAUAUCAAUAAAGUCAUCCCUGGAAAUAUCAAGUCACUGGCUGGGAAGGAAUCUGCUGUGAAGCCGUUUGUUAACGGCGACAUCAUUAUGGAAGAGUUCAGUGAACAAAACACUUCAGAAACCAACUCGUAUUCACUGAGUUCUUCAGAUGCCAAAGGUAAUCACCAAGAUGGCCUCCAUACCCUACCAUCCACCAAAGACUCUGCCAGUACCCAGGUAAUCAUACCCCCAGCCCCUUGUCCAGAUCGGAACUCACUUAAUCAGGUAGAAGAUAUGGAAACUGAAGGUCCAGAGGUUAAGAAAGUUACCCCGUCUCCCAUUACUACUGGAGAGGACUCUAACCUCGGUAAAGACGUCAUGGAUGAAAACGGUCUACCUUCCAGCAAAGAUGAGAAUGUCAAUGGAGAAUCCCAAAGAAAGACGGUCAUCACAGAAGUCACCACAAUGACAUCCACUGUUGCCACAGAAUCAAAAACUGUCAUUAAGGUAGCAAAAGGGGACAAGCAAACUGUGGUUUCUUCCACAGAAAACUGUGCCAGAUCCACUGUCACAACUACCACCACCACUGUGACAAAGCUCUCCACACCGUCCCCAGACAGCGAUGUGGAUACCGUCUCUGUAAAGGAGCAGAGUAAAACCGUGGUCACCACAACAGUGACAGACUCCCUGAGCACUGCAGGAAGCACACUGGUGACGUCUAUGACAGUGAGCAGAGAAUACUCCACAAGAGACCGAGUAAAGCUCAUGAAGUUCUCAAGACCCAAGAAGACCCGUUCAGGGACAGCCCUGCCGUCCUAUAGGAAGUUCGUUACCAAGAGCAGCAAAAAGAGCAUAUUCGUGUUGCCUAAUGAUGACUUGAAAAAGCUGGCCAGAAAAGGAGGCAUCCGGGAAGUCCCGUGCUUUAAUUAUAAUGCAAAGCCCGCCUUGGAUAUCUGGCCAUACCCUUCUCCCAGACCAACCUUUGGCAUCACGUGGAGGUAUAGACUUCAAACGGUAAAGUCCUUAGCAGGAGUGAGCCUGAUGCUACGGUUACUGUGGGCCAGUUUGAGAUGGGAUGACAUGGCAGCCAAGGCUCCGCCAGGAGGAGGGUCUACACGGACAGAAACAUCUGAAACUGAAAUCACCACCACAGAGAUAAUUAAGAGGCGCGACGUGGGUCCCUAUGGCAUCCGGUCUGAGUAUUGUAUCAGGAAGAUCAUUUGCCCCAUUGGAGUUCCAGAAGCACCAAAAGAAACACCCACACCUCAGCGGAAAGGCCUUCGAUCAAGUGCCCUGCGGCCAAAGAGACCGGAGACACCCAAGCAAACAGGCCCUGUCGUCAUUGAAAGCUGGGUGGCCGAGGAGGAGCUGGAGCUCUGGGAGAUCAGGGCUUUUGCUGAGAGAGUGGAGAAAGAAAAGGCUCAAGCCGUGGAGCAGCAGACGAAGAAACGUUUGGAGCAGCAGAAGCCUGCAGUCAUCGCAGCGUCUACCACGUCCCCAACAAACAGCACAAGCAGCACUGUCUCUCCAGCUCAGAAGGUGAUGGUGGCUCCCUUAAGUGGCUCGGUCACCCCUGGAACAAAGAUGGUGCUGGCCACAAAAGUUGGCUCUCCUGCCACAGUCACAUUCCAGCAAAACAAGAACUUCCACCAGACUUUUGCCACAUGGGUGAAGCAAGGCCAGUCCAACUCAGGUGUGGUCCAGGUACAGCAGAAGGUCCUGGGUAUCAUUCCAUCGACCGCAGGUCCAAGCCAGCAAACCUUUACUUCAUUCCAGCCCAGGACUGCAACCGUCACAAUUAGGCCCAAUACCUCAGCCUCCGCGGGAACCACUACCACUUCACAGGUGAUCACAGGGCCUCAGAUCCGCCCUGGCAUGACUGUGAUUAGAGCGCCACUCCAGCAGCCAGCACUAGGGAAGGCGGUCAUCCGAACACCAGUGACGAUGCAGCCAGGUGCACCCCAACAAGUGGUCACUCAAAUCAUCCGGGGACAGCCUGUUUCCACUGCCAUUUCUGCUUCCAGUACGGCUUCUUCAGCACCUGUGCAAAAGGGCUUAACUCCAGGAGCAGCGGCUGGCACUCUGCAGCCUUCAGCCCCACACAGCCCUCGUCCUCAGCAAGGGCAAGUGAAGCUCACCAUGGCUCAGCUCACCCAGUUAACGCAGGGCCACGGCGGCAACCAAGGUUUGACAGUAGUGAUUCAAGGACAAGGUCAGACUACUGGACAGUUGCAGCUGAUACCUCAGGGGAUGACGGUCCUCCCAGGGCCAGGGCAGCAGCUCAUGCAGGCCGCGAUGCCGAAUGGCACCGUUCAGCGUUUCCUCUUUACCCCACUGUCAACACCAGUCACGGCCGUCAGCAGCAGCAGCAGCAGCAGCAGCACUAAUGCAACAGCUACAGGCUCAGGUGAACAAAAACAGAGUAAAUUAUCUCCCCAGACCCAGGUACAACCAGCCACAACCCUGGCACCAACUCAGUCAUCAAGUGUGAGUCCUGCAGAAGCCCAGCCACAGCCUGCUCAGCCUGCAGCACAGCCCCAGCCCCAGCCCCAGCCCCCAGCUCAGCCUGAAGUCCAGACCCAGCCAGCUGCCUCGUCCCAUGUCCCUUCUGAAACACAGCCCUCCCAAGCACAGUCAUCUAAACCCCUGGUUGCAACACAGUGUCAGCCUCAGAGCAGUGUACAAGGACAGUCUCCAGUUCGUGUCCAGAGCCCACCACUGACUCGAAUACGUCCAUCAACUCCAUCCCAAGUGACUCCUGGACAGCAACCCCAGGUUCAGACUACAGCCUCACAGCCGAUUCCAAUUCCGCCCCCCACAUCUCUGCAGGCACCUUCCCAAGGCCAGCCACAGUCACAGCCCCAGGUACAGUCUUCAACUCAAACUCUUUCAUCAGGACAGACAUUAAAUCAGGUUACUGUUCCAUCCCCAUCCCGUCCUCAGCCACAAACACAGCAGCCACAGCCCCAAGUCAUCGCUGUGCCUCAGCUCCAGCAAGUCCAGGUUCUCUCUCAGAUCCAGUCGCAGGUUGUGGCUCAGAUACAGGCUCAGCAAGGUGGUGCGCCCCAGCAGAUCAAACUGCAGUUGCCCGUUCACGUUCAGCAGAACAGUGCUGCGCAGGCCCAGCACGCUCAGAGUGUGCUCACAGUGCAGGCAGCCAGUGUGCGAGAGCAGUUGCAAAGGGUUCAGCAACUCAGGGAUCAGCAGCAGAAGAAGAAGCAGCAGAUAGAAAUGGAGCGUGAGCACACCCUCCAAGCUUCUAACCAAAGUGAAAUCAUUCAGAAACAGGUGGUGAUGAAGCAUAACGCUGUGAUAGAGCAUUUAAAACAGAAAAAGACCAUGACUCCAGCGGAAAGAGAAGAAAAUCAAAGAAUGAUUGUCUGUAACCAGGUGAUGAAGUAUAUUCUGGAUAAGAUAGAUAAAGAAGAAAAGCAGGCGGCCAAGAAGCGCAAGCGGGAGGAGAGUGUGGAGCAGAAGCGGAGCAAACAGAAUGCCAGCAAGCUCUCUGCUCUGCUGUUCAAACACAAGGAGCAGCUCAAGGCCGAGAUCCUGAAAAAGAGAGCGCUCCUGGACAAAGAGCUACAGAUGCAAGUGCAGGAAGAGCUGAAGAGAGACCUGAAAAUGAAACGAGAGAGAGAGAUGGCACAGGUGGUACAGGCCAAUGCUGCCGCAGGGCCCACACCCUCAGUGCCAGCACCAGUGCCAGCACCAGCACCAGCACCGGCAGCCCCUCCAGCUCCUCCUUCUCCGCCUCCCUCCACACACAGUCUGCCACCUGCAGGCCACCCCACUGCCCCACUGCCUGUCACUUCCCAGAAGAGGAAGCGAGAGGAGGAGAAGGACUCUAAGUCCAAGAAGAAGAAGAUGAUCUCCACCACCUCAAAGGAGGCCAAGAAGGAUACCAGGCUAUACUGCAUCUGCAAGACGCCAUACGAUGAGUCCAAGUUCUAUAUUGGCUGUGACCUUUGUACUAACUGGUAUCAUGGAGACUGUGUUGGCAUCACAGAGAAGGAGGCUAAGAAAAUGGAUGUGUACAUCUGUAAUGAUUGUAAGCGGGCACAAGAGGGCAGCAGUGAGGAAUUGUACUGUAUCUGCAGGACACCUUAUGAUGAGUCACAAUUUUAUAUCGGCUGUGACCGGUGUCAGAAUUGGUUCCAUGGGCGCUGUGUUGGCAUUCUGCAAAGUGAGGCAGAGCUCAUCGACGAGUAUGUCUGUCCACAGUGCCAGUCAACAGAGGACGCCAUGACAGUGCUCACACCACUCACAGAGAAGGAUUAUGAGGGCUUGAAGAGGGUGCUGCGCUCCUUACAGGCCCAUAAGAUGGCGUGGCCUUUCCUUGAACCGGUAGAUCCCAAUGAUGCACCAGAUUAUUAUGGUGUUAUUAAAGAGCCAAUGGACCUUGCCACCAUGGAAGAAAGAAUACAAAAACGGUAUUAUGAAAAGCUGACAGAGUUCGUGGCAGAUAUGACCAAAAUUUUUGAUAACUGCCGUUACUACAAUCCCAGUGAUUCCCCUUUUUACCAGUGUGCAGAAGUUCUUGAAUCAUUCUUUGUACAGAAACUAAAAGGAUUCAAGGCCAGCAGGUCUCAUAACAACAAGCUGCAGUCUACAGCUCCUUAGGACUCAGCGUGUCACCUAAGCUAGACACAGCAAGUCUGGCGCUCUGAACUAUUUAAAUUAAAGCGCCAGAUGUUUUCAGUCAGGCUACCCUGACAAGACUUGACCGUAGCCUCCUUCAUAUUGGUCACAACAGUCCAGUUGUGUUCUUGGCCAAUUUUGUCCAACGGACAAAGGAAAAGCAAAGUCAACGGCACCGUUGUCUUGUCGAGAGCAAAUGGCUUUACUGUUGUGGCAGAAGCAGGAAGCUUUGUUUAUUGAAAAAAAAAAAAAAAGAAAAAGCAAGAAAAAAAAAGAUACUAUGGGGUCAAAUGUAACCCCGUGGGAUGCCACAUCUGCUCUUCAGUGAAGAAGCUGUUUAGAGUCUCACAGAAAACUUUCUGACUGUAUUUAUUUAUUGUUGCAAAAAAGACGCUUUUUUAUUGCUGCCCUCAUUUGUCAGCUAAUUAUUUUUUCUUAUAAAAAUCCAGCCCUGGUUCCGUGUAUCCACCCUAUGUCCUAUCAUGAUUCCAUAGGUGAAGUCCAAGGCGACCUCUAGGUGUCUUUUCUUUCUAUGAAAGGAGCUGCUAUGGACACACGUGCACACACAACUGGGAAUCAGCAAUGAGCUUAUUGGUCACGGGAGACACAAAUGAAGCUUGCAGGAAGGUUGGGCUAAGUGGUCCUGGACUUGAGACUCCGUUGCCUUGAAUACACCAGUACAAAUUGUCAUUUACUCCGCACCAGGCUAAAUGAGCAAAAUCUAUUUGAAGGUAUCUUGUUUGUAAACAUUUGUCAGAUUCUAAUUUUUUUCUUUUUGUAUUAAAAUUCAACUAUGGAUGUAUAUGAAUCGAAAUAAAUGGAGAUAAUUUUUCUCCCACAGACAGAGGUCUCUUUGAAUGUGCGCUAUGAUUCCCUGUAAGCCUUUGUGGGGACAGGGGAAGGGGUGGACCAGGAAUGACAGGCAGACCUGGAUUUUUCCAGAAUAGCAGAGGCCCUUCCUUUCCUAAGUCCCUUGUCACCACAUCAGAGGAAAUCUCUAGGGAGCUGGCCCCCUGCAUCACUUGGUCAUACCUGUAGUAACCGGAGUAUGCCACGGAACAAGUUGCCUUCAUCCCCCCUUCUGUAAUUAUAGGCAAAUUCCCAGUCACAGGCAGCUCCCUGUGUGGGAUGAAGGGUGUUUGCUGGCUGGGUUCCUUUGGGUUCUGUUUGUUGCAGUAGAGCAGGGUAGAGGACAGAGCAGACAGGCUUACCCUGCAUGCUCCUCCUGCAAGUACUCUCCCCCUCCCCUGUGAGCUGCUUGCUGUGUUGUGAAAAACAGCGGGAAUUGGAUCAGGCGGCCUCGGGGAUGUUCUCCUAGAUUUUGCACUAGUCCCAUAUUAGCCUUGUCCUGCUGGGUUCUAGAAUCUACCUAGUUCUUGUUUUUCUUAAAAGUCUUCUCUGUGCUGUUUGGUGUCACCCUGCUAUGCAAAGCCUUCCACAGCCCUUAGUUUCUUCAAAGGAAACUGUGGCAACAGUUGCAGUUCUUUCUCAAGACAGGCUCAGGUGUACAGGUUCUGUCGAAGCCCUGCUCCUCCCUCUGUACAUAAAAUGUCACUUUAGCCUAUGCUUACAACUAAAGAGACUUAGCUGCUCAGUAUGGUCACAAAGAUUUUCUUAAGCUAUUAAGGUGGAAGUAGUUAAAUACAGGCUGUUCUGUCCUUUUAGUUUACAAAAGGACAAAUGUCCCAUGUUGUAAGCAUUGUGCUGAUGCAAGAAUUCUACAUCCUAAUGAUUUAAAGGGAUUCUGCAUCUCCCCGGCCCAGUAUUCCUGUCCUUACCAUCUAUUUAUAUAUCUAAGUAUAUAUGGGCUUAAUCACUUAAGCUUGUUCCAGCAAGAGCUUUCCUACCUGUAGGCAAUAGAUUGCUAUGUUUUUAACAAAUUGUAGCAAAUUCUAAAUAAUUUUUUUGUACGUGAUAGGACAUUUCAUCCUAAAAAAAUAAAGUAAUGUUUUUGACAUUGGAUUCUGUGCAGUUUCUAAUGAAACAAUGGUUGGUUGGUUCAAUGUUUGCUAUAUUUUCUGAAGCUGUUGGCAUUGCCAAGUUGUACAGAAAAAGGGGGGGGGGUGUGUGGAUUUCUGAGACCAGGAAGAUGUUAAUUUCUUAUUUGUGUAAUUAAUGGUAUAAAGACUUUUGCGAUUUCUAUCACCAUAUAAAGACAUUUUAUAAUUUUAUCAGACUAUAGAGUUUUAGUCUUUCAGAAGGAAUUUUUGGAAAACGUACAUUCUUAUUUCAAAAGCUGCUUUUCUACAAAUCUCAUUUGACAUACUUCUGCUACUCAAUAAAGGGUUCAGCUGUCUGCUUCGGCAGACCAAAUGGUCCGCUGAGCAUUUGUGAUGUGGCUAGGGUGUCUCUGCUCACCCUCUGUGCCUGUAAGUUGUACUUCUUUGCUUUGAUAGAUUUCUUUGGCUAAAAGUAUUUUUUAGCAUUUCCUGUGUCCAUCUCCAAACUCACAAUUUCCGGCCAUUUCUUAAGAGAUAUUUUCAUAAUAGCGCUAAAGCUUUUUUUUCUCCUGUGCAAAUUCUUCAGGGUUUGUAUUUACUGUGCUAUGCUAGGUCCAAGAAAUUGUGAUCCUUUGGAGAUGUUUUCUACAGUCAAAAUGACCUUUUUCUAUUUGGCGUGGCCUGGAGUGCUGUGUAGGGACCCUGACAAUGUGCUGCUGCUCUUUGUAACCUUCCCUCUUAAGAUCUGCAAAUAAAACUUCUUUCCCUGUCUCCGUC